UCAUAAAAACGGAAAGAGCUUCUCCGCCUGUGGUAGUAAUGCUCUCGGGAGGAUAAGUGCGCAGAGGAGGCUACGAACACCGAGCCUGUGUUUUUCUUCACUAUUUCCUUGUUGAAGGGGGAAAAGGAGAAGGGAAAACAAAACUAAAAGCGAGGGAGAUCCGUAGACACUAUCGAGAUCAACAACAGCACGGUCAGGAUGGAGCAGCUGAGCGAGAUGGAGUGCGGAGUGCUGAAGCGGCUGCUGAAGGAGGACGGCACGGCGAGGUGUCUGCUGCUGGACUGCCGCUCCUUCCUGGCGUUCAGCUCCUGCCACAUCCGGAGCGCCGUCAACGUCCGCUGCAACACGAUCGUGCGCCGGAGAGCCAAGGGCUCCGUGUCUCUGGACCAGAUCCUGUCCGGGGACGAGGAGGUGAAGUGCAGACUGAUCUCGGGCCUCUAUUCGGCCGUCGUCCUUUACGACGAGCGCACUCCGGACGCGGCUUCUCUCAAAGAGGACAGCACGAUCGCGCUGGUGUUUAACGCGCUGGGCAGAGACACCUUCAACACCGAGGUGUAUUUCCUCAAAGGAGGCUACGAGCGCUUUCUCUCUCAGUAUCCGGACUUGUGUUUAAAGAGCAAGUCCCUGCCGGUGGCGGCGGCUCAGAGCCAGACGGAGCCGAGCUGCAGCUCCUGCACAACUCCACAGCACGACCAGGGUGGACCUGUGGAGAUCCUUCCCUUCCUGUUUCUCGGCAGUGCCUUCCACGCAUCCAAAAAGGACAUGUUGGAUGGCAUGGGGAUCUCUGCCCUGUUAAAUGUAUCUUCGAAUUGUCCCAACCAUUUUGAAGGAGCUUACCAGUAUAAGUGCAUCCCAGUGGAGGACAACCACAAGGAAGACAUCAGCUCCUGGUUCACUGAAGCCAUUGACUUCAUAGACUCGGUGAAAGACUCCAACGGACGCGUAUUGGUUCAUUGUCAAGCAGGGAUUUCACGCUCAGCCACUAUUUGUCUGGCAUACCUGAUGAAGAAGAAACGUGUGUGCCUGGACGAGGCUUUUGAGUUUGUCAAGCAGCGACGCAGUAUCAUCUCCCCCAACUUCAGCUUCAUGGGUCAGCUGUUGCAGUUUGAGUCACAGGUGCUGGCCACGUCAUGCUCAGUGGAGGCAGCUAGUCCAUCAGCCACCCUGGGCCCCAAGUCUUCCCCAUCCAGCAACUCACCCUUCAUCUUCAGCUUCCCUAUGGGGCCAGUGGGGCCGCACGGGCAGCCCAGCAGCCUCUCGUACUUGCAGAGUCCCAUCACCACCUCACCAAGCUGCUGAUAAACUGCUCAGGCCACAAAUGGCAAAACCUUUUUAAAUUGUGGUGCAAACAGAGGACUCACUAAUAAAGGAUAUUAAUGUGGACAAUCACUCUGAGUGGGUUCAGGGAAUCCACACCAGUUUUUUUUUACCCAAACAACUAGAAUUUUUGUUCGCUGGCUGGUUGGUUGGAAAGGAACUCGAGUAAUCAAUCAUGAACUUGAAGGGACGAGAAUAUCAGACAAAUGAACUCGUGUUCAUCUGUGCGGGAGACAUAUCUCGGGUUCUUCCAAAGCCCUGCCAUGUGGUUUGGUAGUGUGUGUUGAAUGAGCGCUGUGGGGGUAGGGACAUGCACCGCCUCUCCUCACAGUCUCACUUCCUGACAAAGAGCAGUAGGCCCUUCAGCUGUGGCAGGUGCUGCACACUGUGUCCGGGACUGUUGGCUUUCUGUUAUCGUCCCCCUCAUUUUCUCGGUCAGAAAGAAAACGAUUGAGCUUGUCCAGCACAUACUGAACCUGUUCAUCGUCAGGGGUUUCAUGCGGCAUGUCUCAUUAGUUCUGUUGGUUUGUUUUUUGGUCAGUGCCUUGUACAGUGAAGGUACAAGGCACAGACGGGCCUGUCCUGGCAAUUAUCCAGAUUUUUAAAUGCAGACGGACAGGCAACUCUCGACUAAAAUGUUUCGACUUGCAAUACGUCUCCGCCUCUCAACCGAAACAGAGCAAUAACAUCUCCCUGUCUCUUCCCAGUUGCCACCAAAGCACUGUUGUGUUUCAGAAGUCGAUCACACUGUACACUGUUUUUAAUGUCAUCAUUUCUGUCCAUAAUUAUUUGUACAGUAGCAGGGUAGGGAGUUAUUAUAAUUUAUUUUUUUUGCUGUGUGCGGCUGUGAAAAUCUCUGCAACAGAAAGUUGAAAUAAAUCAUUUUGGUACAGAUUUGAUUCGUAAAGCGUACACAGAUUUCCCUAGGUCACCUUGACAGGUCUAACCACUGUAAGCUUUAUUUCAUAUGUAAAUGUGUUAGUGGAUGCAACUCUUGCUGCUCUGUAUGACUGCAGUGGAUAAACGGCAAGCGUGAAGAUGGAGAUGGCUGCAGUCUUAUGAAUGUGUAUGUUAAGACACGACUCAGUAAGAGACUCUACCUUCGAUUUCUUCAGCUUGCCUUGAAGACCAGAGUUCAUCUCAAACAUUGAAUUGGGGGUUUAAUAGUUUUACCGUUCCCUGACGAAUGUGGGCACCUUUUCUACAGAGCACUUUUAAGUGAUGCAAUAUGCCGAGGUUUUGUUUUGCACAUGACCGGAGUAGAGACAAGAGCUGUGUGUUUGUAACACCCGUUAGAGCUUUACUUUGUGUCCAUGUAAAUUCCAUGGUCUGUCACCACAUCACUGAUGAAUGCAAUACUUUUUACUGUGUCCGUCAACUGAGACGUUUAGACUGCCGACGGCAAUAUCAGUUUGAUUUUUAAAGCGAUUUGUUGUGUAUGUAUAUUUUAUUUAUUCCUUGACUUCCACUGUCGAAUAUAACAACGUUCUUUAACAAAAGGCUGGUGUGACUCAUUAUUACGUUAUGUAUAAAUGAUUGUAAGUGGAUU